GACACAUCAAAACGUGUCAAAAUUGUGCUCAUGGCAAAAUCCGAUGUAUCCGAACUUCGGAUUCUUCUAUCUGUGAUCGGGCUUAGAUGUCGCCGCCUUGACAAAGAGUGCUAUUUUCGGCCCGCUCGACCUCGUUACAACCCCGCUAAGAAGGGGACACGAGUCGAGGCUCUCGAAGCCAAAGUGGAUCAGCUUUUAGCGCGAGUCGUUAAUGAUCAGCACACUAAACACCACGCUGAUGUUCCUUUGGCCCUGUCUGACCCGGAACCUCAUUCCAUCCCAGAUAAACCCCGAGAUGUUAUUGAUCGCGGGAUUGUGAAAUUUGAUGAUGCCGUCACACUUCUUGAAUCUUUUCGGGAAACCUUGAUGCCAUAUUUUCCAUUUGUCUUUAUCGCACCGGAAGUGACGCUUGCGCAGCUGCGAGUGGAGAAACCGCUUCUCUUGCUGGCUAUCCUCAAGGUCUCAUCAUAUAAAAAUGCAGCCGCUCAGCAGAUAUUGGAAGAGACAUACCAAACAGCAGUUGCUGAUCAGAUGAUCUUCGCCCAUAAUCCAUCUAUGGACGUAUUGCUGGGACUUCUUGUGGCUUUGGCAUGGUCGCAGCAUCAGCCCCAGCAUGAAAGAUUCUCCAGCUACCUGCAUCUUGCUUGGAGUGUCGUCGGUGAUUUGCGGCUUGAUCGGUUGUCGGAAACUCAUUCAUACUAUUCACGAACCGCUAUGAGCAAGGUUUCCUCAGAUGAAAACAGUAGUAGACAUUCGGUGAACGAGAGAAGACGAGCUUUGAUUGGAUGUUACGUGCUAACCUCAUGUCGCUCGACAAUAUUGCAAAAGGAUCGCAUGAUGGCUCGGCUGUCAUAUGUUGAAAAGCAUGCACUUGAAUUGCUAUCCAAUGCUGAGAUUGCCAGUGAUCACUGCUUGGUACAAUUAGUAAAAUUACAACAAAUCUUUGAACGGAUCGAUGAUGCUGUGGUCACUACGGCGAAUUUAGUGCGAGAGGUUGAUAUGCAUGCAUUCCAAACCGAAAUCAACGAAUACAGAACGACCUUGCUGGCAAAGCCUUCGGACAAUUCCAACUAUUCGGCUUCGUUUGCGCCUCGCUCCCACACAGAUCCAGGGCUCCCACCACAUCUCGAAAGUGGCCACCAACCGUUAGACCUAUCACCAUUCCAGGUUGAAUUUCUCAACCGCGGCAUGACCGAAGCAAAGAAAUUCUUUGAUUACUUUUUCACAUUUGCUCCGAAUACUGAUCGGCUGAUCAGUCAUACCCAAUGGCUGCAAACUGGCUUUAACUUGGUUCUAGGCUGCAAACUGGCCGUCACGGGGGCAAAAUACGCCCACGCAGUCCACAUCAAGGACAGAGUGACUGUAGAUGGGAAACAACACUCUAAAUACUUCUACGAGGCAUGGCUGUGGCAUAUCCUUGAAUGGUUCGAGCAAAAGUAUCACCUGGUGCCUUCUGAAGAUACGACCCAAAUACCUACAGGAUUAUCCGAUGGCGGCCUCGGGCCGUCUACUUUGGCCAAUAGCGCAACCUCGCAAGAUGUUCCCCCGAUGGGUGAAAAUUAUAACGCCACACAAGUGGCACAGGUAGAUGGUACUGCCUUAUGGCCGGACUUCCUUUGGAACAUAAGCACGGAUGACAUACUCAAUGGGCAUAUGGGGUUUCCGGAUAUGCUGUAUCCCACAUUGCAGCCUGGAUAUGACAUGCCACUGCCAUGA